AUGGCCACAGCAGAAACAGUUGACUUAGGCCCCGUCCAUGAACCAAAGGAGUCAUCGACAAAGGUCUUCGAGGAUAUCGAGCAUGAGCUCAAGAGGGAGCUUCUGCGCAUGCGACGUGAAUACCAAAAGCACGAGCCUGAGUAUUUUGGGGCCGUCAAACAUCUGGACGAUCAACAGCUUUCCUCCUUCAGCAAAAAUGAUUUCGUCCUUGUGCGAGUUGCUGUCUCGGCCUACGGUAUUCAUCUUUUUGGCAAGAUCCGCAUACCACUAUUGUCCGACUCAGGGCCUGCUUAUAUCCAUUUCAGGGCUUUUGAUGUGCCAGGAGGAGAUGAUACAGCCAAGCUCCACAGCAUUCACACAGAGGAAAAACAACAUGCUGAUGGUGACAAGACGUAUCGUGCUAUCUUCGCUAGAGAAGACCCACUAGAAUGGUUUGACACAUGA